AGGCGCCGCAGCGGGGCGGGGUGGAGGCGAGCGGGCCGCGGUGGGGCCGGAGGAGCCGGGGCCGGAGGAGCCGGGGCCAUCUCCGCUCGGUCCCCCCUGGGCGCUGCCGGACGCCAUGCGGGUGCCGCCGCUGCUCCUGGCGCUCACAGCGCUGCUGGCGCCCCGCCGGAGCGCGGCUUCCCGCGGGGAGCAGCCGCCCGCAGUGCCUUCACCAACAGAGAUUGUAGUAAGAUCUGAAAAUUUCAAAACUCUUUUGCAUUGGCAGUAUCCACCUGUGUCUGAAACUCCUCAUUUUAUUGUGGAAAUCAAGCCUUACAAUUUUGGUGACUAUAAGAACAUCUCAACUUGUGUGAACACUUCAGCUCAUUUUUGUGAUCUCUCAGGGGAAAUAUGUGAGCCUUAUUCGUCUCACUGGCUUCGACUUAAAGCUAUUAUUGGGUCACAACAGUCUGAAUAUGUUGAGACAAAUGAAUUUAUUUUGCAAAGGCAUGGAAAAAUAGGACCACCAAAACUGAAUCUCUCAAGGCAUGGUGAUAAAAUCGUGGUUGAUAUUUACCAUCUUUUAUUCCCUCAUUCUUGUAUUGAAGACAUUUUUUUAAAGCUCGAGUACCUGGUGACUUUUCGGAAGAGUGAAAAUGAGAUUGAAGAGUUCUAUGCAGACAACUGUACAAUGGAUAAAUGUAGCCUCAACAUCACAGUUCCUGCUGAAGGUUCUACUUACUGUGUUUCAGCAAAGGGAAUUUUUGAAGAACUGAUGAUUGGCACCCCAUCAGAGGAAAGCUGCAUUCUUGUUCCUGUCGAGCAGACAUUGAGUGUACUAUGUAUCAUCAUUGUGUGUGUUAUUGGGAGCCUGAGCGUAAUCUUGAUAGUAUAUUGUGGCUGCAAGAGACUAAGGAAAAAGGACAUAAAGCUGCCUAAAUCUUUGGUCAGUGUGAUGAGAAACCUAAAUAAAGACACCUUACUUGUAAGGCCAAAAUCGGAGGGAAAGUAUAUAUCUGUAAUAAGCUUCAUGUCAGGCCAGUCAGCACUGCCAGUGAAUGGUGAAGUAACCUUGCUGGAGAUAGAGCCAGAAGAAGAAACUGUUAGUCCUAAGAAUUCUGGCGAAGGAGAAUCUUCGGUUCCUACCCCAGAGGCACCAGCCAAAGCAGAAGAGGAGCCUGUGCAGGAAACCACAGAGGAGGUAUCUUUUGAUGCUGAUGAACAGAAUUACAAAGUAAAAGAGAGUUAUUUCAUUUCUGACGGUAGCCAAAUGGAUAUAUGCAGUAACUCUUCAGGUACAGAGGUUUCUCCCACAGAAACACAGCAAAAAGUCAUUCCAAGCAGCUGUUUCAAGUUUUCUGGCUAUGACAAGCCUCAUGUUCCAUUAGAUAUGUUGAUGAUAGAUGUUGGUGAAGAACAGCCUGUGAAUACUUACAGGCCAACUGAGUAACCAGGAUAACCGAAGUGUUUAACCAGAGGUUUAACUCAGGAAAAACAGCAUUACCGAAGAUUAUGGAAAAUCUGGGUUAAAUCGUGAACAUCUGCAAGUUGUACUUCUUCUGAUCCAACCAAAGUAACCAGUACACAAGUGAAAGUAGUGCCUGAAAAUUGCAUAAAAAAUGUAGGGAAAUUUCAUAAUAACCACUUUUAGCAGUGUUUUUGUAUGAUAUAAUUUAGUAUUUCCUAUUUGAAAUAGUAUUCUGUGUUUUUUAACAAUACUCUACAGUAAACAUACCAUUAGUCACUUCCGUUUCAGAUCCUUUUCAAAAUUAAGUCAAUGAACACAGGGCUUAAGAAGUCCUUUAUUUGAUUAUGAUAGAGAUGUGCAAGAAACGUUUGAGAGUUUUUGCCAUUAUUGGAGGUGCCCUCUUGAUUGUCUUCUUGAGUAUUUUUUUAUUAAAUUAAAUGCUAAUAUUUCUUUUAAGGACAAGUAUGAUUUUAAGCUGUUCCUGUAUAAUUUAAGAAUUUGAUUCCAUGUUAAAGAAAUAGGGAGUAAUGGCCAUAAACUAAAAAUACACAAAGUUGCACCUCAGCAUGGGGAAGAACUUCCUUACACUGAGGGUGGCAGAGCACUGGAGCAGACUGCCCAGGAAGGUCGUGGAGUCUCCCUCUCUGGAGACAUUCAAAACCCACCUGGACAUGUUCUGUGUCACCUGCUCUAGGUGACCCUGCCUUGGCAUGGGGGGUUGGUCUGGAUGAUCUCCAGAGGUACCUUCCAACCGGAUUUCCUGACUAUGGGAAAGAACCAGUUACUUGUAGUUUUUCCUGUGACUAGAAAUAUGUUAUUAGAAUCAUAGAAUAUCCUGAGUUGGAAGGGACCCAUAAGGAUCGUCGAAUCCCAACUCCUGGCCCUGUACAGGACAGCCCCAAGAAUCACAUCAUGUGCCUUAGAGCAUCAUCCAAAUGCUUCUUGAACUCUGUCAGGCUUGGUGCUGUGACCACUUCCCUGGGGAGCCUGUUCCAGUGCCCAACCACUUCACCCUCUGGGUGAAGAACCCUUUCCUGAUAUCCAACCUAAACCUGCCCAAAACAGUAUCAUGCCAUUCCCUUGGGUCCUGUCACUGGUCAGCACAGAGAAGAGAUCAGUGCCUGCCCCUCCUCUUCCCCUCAUGAGGAAGUUGUAACUGUGAUGAGGUCUCCCCUCAGUCUCCUCCAGGCUGAACAGAUUAAGUGACCUCAGCUGCUCUUUAUACAGCUUCCCCUCAAGGCCCUUCACCAUCUUUGUAGCCCUCCUUUGGACUCUUUCAGGAUCAUUGCUUCGUAGAUUUCAGUUAAUUAGCAGGAGACAUUAUCCUUUGUAGCUUAAGUCCUGUGACUAAAAAAAACCUACCUGUUUUUAAAACUGCUGUUAUUUGAGUAUGGCUACAUCCAUUUGGAUCACCUAAAUACAUUGCGUAACCAUGCCACAUUCUGGAUAAUUCUGGAAUGUAUUAGCAUGCUGGCUGAUCAUUAUUGGAAAAAAAUAUCUAAUGGGUAGUUGCACAAAUUCUUCAGAAAAUGUUUUCAAAAUUCAAAAGCCUAUUUCUUCUGGGGCAUAUUUAUCAUGAUUCUUAGAACAAUAUAAUCCUUAAAUAGAAAUCAAUAGGACUUCUUCCAAACGUGUUUUCUAGUAGGUUGAAAAUUAUUACCAUGUUUCCCCUUUUUAUGAUGUAACUCAGGAACUACACAAAAUCACCUCCUUCUAAAGACAACAGAAAAAUAAUGUGGAAAGUUAUAGUUCAUAAGCUAUUGUCAUCUGACAGCCUUCUGAAUUCUGUAGUAUAGAGAUUGUAGUUUUGAAAACUGAGGGAUAAGGAUCUUAUCUUUUUAUAUUUUUUUAAUAAUUAAAAUCCAUGCAUUCCAUUUAUUUACCCUUAGUCAAGAUUUGAUAGGUAUUUUCUAUUUGUAGGAUAUGUUUACAGUAAUUAUUAAUGGAGCUUAGUUCAGAACAAAAGGAUGCUUUACAGACACAAGUUAGUCCAUUUGUACAGAAUUGUAUCUUUGUUUUAAAAGAUAUUUUUAUAGGAUUAUCAGAAGUGUUAACAUGUUAGAGCAGAUGGUUUUGAAGGAAAACCAGUGUCGUAGUACUCCUGUCCUUAUACUUCUCAGUGAUAUGAGUAUUCUUAAGAUGAAGUUAGCCUACACAGCAGUUUCUGGGCUUCUUCCUUUCCUGCAUAUAUCAGAUAUUGACCACAAUGGUACAAAAGAUUUAAAGACAAUAGCUAUUUUUCACAUCACUACCCACAGGAAGGUAACAGAUUGCUUAGCAGGAUUUUGAUAAUUAUAGGAAAAGCCAAAUCAAGCACGUGAAUUCUGUAGUUAUGCUGUAAUGGAAAACCCCACUCAAAAAACUUCGGUAUUUGUUAGCUGGCUGUGAUUUGUUUCUGCAUUAUAUUCAAACAUAGUGAGACUGCCUAGCAGCUUUUUCAAUGUCAUGUCCUGGGUUGAGUUCCUAGAAGGCAAUGCUCAGUGACUUACUGCUUGGGAUCCAUUAAUGUGUAGGUAUCUCCAUGGCAGAAGUGCAGAAAACAACUCUCUUGGUGUUACAAGAAGGCUUUUUAAAAAUCAGCAUUAAUUUGCAUUUGAAACUACAACUGAACUGACCCUUCAGUUAAUGAUGCGGUUUGUAUCUGAAGCUUCUAGCUGUCUAUCUGCUAAGGAGAUGAGCAGCUGCGUCUUGUGCGGAGCUUGGAGUUGAUGUAAUUUCUUUCUGGGUUUGGAGGUUUGUGGAUAAAUAUGAACUGUAAUAAAUACCUCAGGACUUUAUAAAUGUCAGGUAACUGUUUAAGUUAAACUUCACUCAGAAGGGAUAAAUAGAAACUGUGAAGUUACCUUGGUUUUGGGAAGAAGUUUCUGAUCAGACAGUUUGCUGAGUAUCUUCUUUGCAACUGCUCAGAGUAUUAUAUCUACUUGCAAUUAGUAGUUUGUUUUCUUUCUGUCAGUCUUGCCCCCCAAAAAUAUAUUGAUGUUCUCCAAGAAGGGCAGGAAUUAGCUGUAGUUCCAUUUGAUAUAUCUGCCUCAAAGCCAAGAUCCUGUGAGAAGCAUGUAAUUUCUUGGAAAAUUAAAUUUACAUUCUUAGCAGUGCAUGUGGAAACCCUGGUACUGCUAGGAGCUGAGACUCAGCAUCUUAGAUUUGUGUGAACAUAAGAGAUCACUAGGUGUUUUACAUUCUGGAAGGUUCUCCUUUGCUGCCACACUGGAAGAUGAAUGCAGACAGAUGCAUUUUAAAACCAAGUGACUGUCUCAGAUUCUUUUCUCUUCCUCCUGCAAUACGACUACAUUGUACAUUGUUCCCAGUCUUUCAAGUCAUAUGUAGUCGUGUGUGAGUAAAACGACCCAGCCAGGAGCUAGGAGAUAAUUAAGAACAACAGUGUUAAGAUCAAUAAGAUGAAUAAGAAAUGACACAGAAAUAGAUCAUAAACAUACGGGAAAAAUUUGGCAUGGCAGAUAGUCACGUGUAAUGGAAAGGCACUGUUAUUUUGUAAGCUGAAAAUCAAGGACAGUAACAUGAGUGCUUUUUACUGUACCACAUGUAUAUAUCUAUACACAUAUGCACACAGCUGACAUUCUCUUGUAAUAUCACAAGGUUAAAUGUAUUUUUAAAUGAAAAUUUGUGAACUCUAAUUACAAAAGCCCCUGAAUUAGCACCAUCCCUGCAGAUCUGUCUUCUAUGUACUGUGUACUUAACAAGUAGCCAAUAGCACAAGAAUAGUUUAGAUGUUUAAAUUGUUCAGGCCAGCUUACAGGUUUUAUAAUUGUGAAAUAAAGUUCAAGAGUGCACAGAGCAUGGGAUUCUUUUAUUAGCUGUGACUACCUGAAAAUGUGAGGCCACAGUGGGACAAGGAUGUCUUUCCAGGUCAUUAAGCUCUCUUUCUCCCAGUCUUGUUUUCAGCAGUUGGGAGUAGUGGUACUGAGAGCCUAAAAACAGGGCAAGUGCCUCAUAGUAUCUCUGUUAGAAUACAAUCCAGCAGCUUGCGGGGUGAGGACUUCUUGGGGCAAGGAAGUUGGAAUGUCUUUCUAGCUACAGCUAGUUAGCUUUGCUUUUGCAGUUCUGUAAUACCAAGUACCUGAGCAAUGUACGUGUAGUUGGGAAGCUGUCAGGGAGUAUUUAUCUGUGCAUUUUCACCUAAUUAAGUUAGUUUAUUUUAAUAAAUUAAUAUUCUUGUGAUGAAGAGGUGAGCUUCUGGAUAUUUGUGCAGAGCACCUUGACAUAGGAUAUGAAAGUGCCUAACAUUUACACAUUCAAAAUAACUUAAUAUUCAUGCCUUUUACAGACCUAUCAGCUAUUCAGUAUGACACACUUAGAAAGUUUCACUACUUCAGACUUUUUCAGGUGAUUUUUACUCUUGUCCUGACUGCUCAGCAUUCCUCCCUUCCUCUCUCCUAAAGGCGAUUUGGUAAACGAUGUAAUAUAGGACUCCAAAAUAUCAUAUCCUAUGUAAAAGAAAUUGCAUCACAAAAAUGUGACCUAAUGCUUGACAACAUUUCUAAGAACUUCUUCAGUGCUUGUUCUUGAGUGGGCAUUGUAAUUUUUUAUCAUUAGAUCUGCAAUUAAUAGUGAAGUAAUGUGGCAGUACUGCGUGCUGGCACAGAAGCAUCAAAUCUUCUGCUUUUAUAUGGUUUUCCACCUGAAUCAGCAUUGUAGUUUAAAAAAAAUAAUUUUUGUCAAAUCUACUGACAUCUGUGGAAACAAGACACUAUGGAGGGUCCUGGUUGCCUAGAAGAGACAUGCAUAUUUGUAUGUAAUGCUUCAUUAGAAGAUUGCAGGAAAAGAAAAUUGCGUGAGAAGACCUGUUUUUCUCAGGGAUAGGAGUAACCAGUUGCUCUGAAGUGAUGCCAUCUAAACAGUUGAGUAUUAAUAAGUAAAAGAUGUUGUAACUUGAUUCAAAUUAAUAGUUUCAGCAUGCCUAAGAAAAAACCAAAAACCCAAAAAGCAAAAACACGCAACCAAAACAACAAACCAAAUACAAAGCACCUUUCAUCUCAUGAAAUAAAUGACUUGCAUAGAUUUCUUCAGUGUUCUUUUUAUAAUUUAGUCCUCUAACUAUGAAGUCCUUGUUUAUUAAUACUCUAUGUUCUCUAAAUGGAUGCAACCAUUGGGCCGAAGUGUGUAAUUGAAAUGUUGUAAAUACUGUACAUUUGAAAUGUUUUUAUAUGAAAAUAUAAUCUCAAAAGAAGAA